AUGUCGACAGGAGUUUUGCCACUGCUUAUACUUGGAUGGGUAUGUCUACAUCCUCCAGAGAGAGCUAGUCGUAAGACGUUUCGAGAGUAUGCAGUGUUUUUGAUGGUUUAUUAUAUCUUGCGCCUGGUCUUCAAUGAGCUGUAUUUUGCGGGUCCAGAAUUUGCAAAUGUAGCUUUUAUGACUACAUUGGCAAGUGUUUUCUGGGGAUCGCUGGCUCCGGUGGUCAUUUGGCGCGUUCUCAAGGCAGAUACAGCACAUUGGCGGGGUCUUGGAAGACGUGCUGUGCAUCUCCAAUCACUUUUUCGACAGAAAUAUCACUACCUUCACGAGCACGUGUCGUCACGGGGACUCCAUGUUCUUAUUGAAAUGCACCGAAAGCAAAUUAUUGACUUUGCUUAUCUGGAGCUACAGAGAAAGAUUGGCGCGGGUACAAACGCAGUCGUGUUUCGAGGCACACUUCAUUCAAAGAUUCCGGUCGCAAUUAAAGUAUACACACCACGAAUCUUAUGCGAAGAUGUUGUGGCUGCGUUUUCACAUGAAGCCGCAUUAUGCGGUGCUUUGCAUCACCCAAAUGUCGUCCGAUUUUAUGGCAUGUGUGUGUACCCGCCUGCUGUGUGUCUCGUUUUGGAAUUGUGUCGAGCCUCGCUCGAGGAUGUCACGCGUGCCAGUGCCAGGAUACGGUUAAACCGGCGCAGUCGACAAGACACAUGCCCUCAGAACCGACGGCAAUGCCAUGAGCUACUGGUUGAUCUGAAUUACAUGAUUGAUGCCACACGUGCUGUUGUGUACAUGCACAGUUUUACGCCAGCUUUCCUGCACCGCGAUAUUAAACCGUCAAACUUUUUGGUUGACGAUUACGGUACUUGCAAACUCACCGACUUUGGUGAGUCGCGCAGUGUUCCUAUCGAACAAAAAGGUGAUAGGGCAAAAUAUGUGAACGAAAAUAACGCAACGGCAGCGGCAACUGUGGCAACGUCAGCAACUGUGUUUUUCGGAGAGUCGUAUAGGGAAAUCCAAACGCCGAGCACCUCCGCUCAAAUUGUGCCCCCUCCAAUAUCUCUGCGGCCUUCUCUGCGUGAUCGUGGACGAAGUGCAAUGACUGUGCGUGGUACGGCAGACUAUAUGGCCCCUGAGGUGAUCGAAGGCAAGGCCGGUACAGCUGUUUAUGGCGAAGCUGCAGAUAUCUACUCGCUUGCUAUUACGCUGUGGGAUAUCAUGCAUCCUCUUGUUCGCAAGUACCCGGAGGCAACCCGGAGUCAUCUUCAGGUAUUUGAUAGCGUACUCAAUGGUGAACGGCCUCCGCUUAGUCAGUCCCUACAUCCUGAACUGCAUCGACUACUGACUGAUGCCUGGCACCAGCAGCCGGAACGUCGACCAUCUGCAACGUAUAUUCUCACAACGCUAGAAACGCUUCAGCAAGAGGCUCUCGCACAGACGGCAUUAUGUCUUGUUACAGAGCUUGAUCGUGUUGAAGCGCCAUUUGCGAUGAUAGAAGGACAGCUUUUUAUGCAGCGCAUGAUUGAGCUUGAUAUCGUGGACUCGGCAUCAGAGGCUUGUCGUCUGGGGAACUCACUGAUGAGUGCUGGGGUUUUGCACCAUUCUCAGCACGCAGCGUCUUUCCGGCAAACAUCGGAGCUAUUCUAUAUUGACGCGGAGAUGGUGGGUUUGUAUGCGCCAUCAACUUUUACUAGUGCCUUUCAGACGCCCGCCAGUCGUCGUAGCUCUGCUUGCAUCAACGAUCAAACGCCGUCAAGCCAACAUAUGUCAAAGAAAAAGUGUCAGCGUACAAUGGAUUCUCCUGCAACAACGCGCUGUUUUUCACCAUCUGGUGAAGAAAGGCGUAGUUCGACGACUGCAUGUCAUCGAGCAAGCGCCGCAUUGCGUAUGUGUGCUUGCCAAAAGCUUGGUCGUAGCUUCAUUUUUCCAGAAUGUCGUCAAAAACGUCGAUUCCGACGAACGACAAAGUGGUUUUCCACCAUGGAAGAAAGCAUUUCAACUGGAAAGUUUUUUUCCCACGAUCUCGAGUCGCAACAUUCUCUUGCAGAGACGGAUGAGUUUGAAGAUUAUAACAAUUGGGAAGACACGGAUUUGAGAACUAUCACUGGCGUGAACUCGUCCGUUACAAGUGUUGAUGAGGGUUUGGAAUUUGAUUUUGGUGAUACCGAUUACAAUACUCACGUUCAUUUUGACAAUAGCUGGGGCUCGAUACAAGAUUUGUGA